CAGGAAUCGUGCAGUGUCUUUUUAAAAAAUGAAUUGGAUCUCACGAAUUGUUUGGCGGUUAGAUCGCUUGCCGAGAAGUAUGAAUGUCACGACCUUCUGAGUUUUGCUGAACAAUUUAUUUUGCACAAUUUCCAGGAAGUUGUCGGUUUAGAAGAGUUUUAUCUGCUAUCUGUUGACCAGCUGGUCAAAUUUAUUUCCAGUGAAGAGCUCCAAGUCAGAUCAGAGGAGCAGCUCCUAGAGCAUGUUCGUCUUCCACUGUGUAGUCCAAAGUUUCUUGUCGGCACGGUCGGUGAGGACCCGUUGCUGAGUGAUGACACCGCCUGCCAAGAGCUUGUCAAUGAAGCGAAGCUGGCUACACUCGAACACUCAAAGUUGCAAGGGCCGCGUAUUCGACCGCGCAAAGUACUAUCUGGAGAAGUGUUAUAUGCUGUGGGAGGAUGGUCCAGAGGACAGGGCUACAGCUCUGUAGAACGCCUCGAUCCUGGAGAAGCGGAUCCUGUAUGGCAGACAGGGUGGCGUUGUAGUUGCUGUUCUCGACAAUAUGAUCCUUCCACCAACCGAUGGCUCUGUAACCUUGCGCCGACCUCCUCACCUAGAGAUUCAUUUGGUCUCGUCGCACUCGACGGCUCUCUUUAUGCUGUGGGGGGCAGAUUUCAUGAUACUAGUUUGAACGUUGUUGAACGCUACGACGUUCGACGAAAUGAAUGGAUCUAUGUCGCUCCUAUGGGUACGCGUCGGCAUGGAGUUACUGUAUCCGUGCUGAAUGGCUGCAUAUACGCCGUCGGCGGAGCCGAUACAAAUACAGUUCUAAAUACCGUGGAGAGGCGAUGUGCCGUUUCACUCACAAAAGAUAUGCGAAAAAGUGUUGAUCUGUUCAGGCUCGACCCGCGGGUUGGGAACUGGGAGUCAGUUCCUCCGAUGUCAACGUAUAGACAUCAUUUGGGAUCUGCAGUCCUUGACGGUUAUCUGUAUGUUGUUGGAGGACAUGAUGGCUCGUCCGUAUUGAACUCGGUCGAAAGGUAUAAUCCUAUCACCAACGAAUGGAACGAGGUGGCUGCCAUGAACUGGAAGCGGCAUGUGGGUGGGGAAGACACUGCCGAUCUCAACAGCGUGGAGGUUUUUGCUCAAGAAACCAACCAAUGGGUGCAACACAGCUCCAUGAAAGAG